GUGAAUCAGGAAGUUGUGGGUUUUCCCGCAUGACGCACACGUCAUGCGCGGUAGUACCCGACCAGGAGGCAGGGCGCGAACUCUCUUUACGAUAAGCUACCCUUUCCGCGUUCUGAAAUUCUUAUAUUUUGAACUAAAUGCCAUUUAAUCGACGCCGCUUUAUUAAGCGAAAGUAGCAUCUCCUUUUUAAAACACCAUUAAAGUCCGAAACUGCUCAUUCGCUCCGCACGGCCUAGUCAAUCGCGUAGUCUUCUGGUAGUAGCGAUGUGUAGCAGACAUCGUGUUAAAUGUACAAAAUAUACAUUAAGAUAACACUUAUGUGUUUUCCAGCGACCGUGCUUCUCACAUACGGUAAUUCUCCCGAAUGUGAUUCGUUCAAACACUGCACCAAGCAUGACAGGCACGCCGUUUGCAGCGAAGGCUCUUGCAUUUGCGUCAACGGUACCCACAAAGAUAUCACUAGCAAGGUUUUCAAGUGCAACCCGGGACGUCGGCUGAACCAGACCUGCAGCUUGACGUCGGAAUGUUCGAGACUGGACAUCCGAUCACGAUGUGACGGUGGCAUUUGCCGCUGCAAGCCGGGCAGUCACGAGGCCCCAACGCCCAUGGGCCUCAAAUGCUUCUCAGGCACCACUGCCAAGCCCCAGUGCAAUGCAGAGAGGCCCUGCAGCUCCCAAGCGUUCUUCUGCACGCCCUGGGGCAUUUGCGACUGCCGGCUGCCCGGGUACAAGGCGGAGCUGCUCUUCUCACGCUGGCAGUGCAUCAGAGAUCCGUUCCUCUUUGAAGACAGAGGCACCAUCACCUUCCUGAAGGUCUCCCCCGUUCCACUUCUGGUCAUCGUCAUCAUCCUGGCGUAUUUUGGAUACCAGCGCAAGGCCAAGUCGCCGCCGAUCCAUCGGAGCGUGCACGAGGUGAGCAGGCUUCAGCAGCGCAGAAUCGUGCCCCUCUGGCGUGGAGUCACCUUCCACCCGAGCACCAUCACUCAGGUGGCGCAGCCCCAGCUGUCGUCGUCGUCUCGGGUGGGGACGACGCUGCCUCCGCCCCCGCGGCUUCCCUCUUUGCGUGUCGUGGUCCCGCAGCAGCCUCUGGGGGACACGUCGCCACCCCCGCCGUACCAGCCAGCCCAAGAAGACGACGCACCGCCCAGUUACGAUGAAGCCAUCUGCGCCGCGGCUCCAUCGGCUGCUGAGCACAUCGUUCCUCUGCUGUCUGCAGAAGGCCUCGGCAAGACGUGAAACGACUGCGUACGUGUGUCUGUGCUACUUCCUUGGUUUUCCUCCUUAGCUGCCGACGCUUUAAUCGAAUCUCGGUGUGGCCCGUCACUUUCUCUUACGCCGCGUACAAACGAGUUGCAUGUGGUAGUCUUCGGAGAAACAUUUGCAGCGUCCUACUGGCUGCAACAAGACGACCCGACGACCGGUCAGAAACUUGGUCGUCGUCCUUGGCUGUUUGUGCUACCAGUGUCUAAGAGAUUGGACUGAUUAGGCCUUUCUUUUUUCAUUAUUGAGAUCUACAGAUGUUGGUACAGGCACAAAUCACGUUCUGCGACACGCUAGUUCAGUGGAGCGCGAUUGGAGGCGUUGGACGGCGAGAACCGUGCGAAUCGAGUGAUAUUUCGGCAUCUAGUCAAGUCGCAGGUGAAAGCUUGGGCCGUUGCAAUUUCUCUCUAGAUAGAGAUCAGAAGUUGGCGCCAUCACCGUGGUCUCCGAUGGGAAGAGGGUGCCAGGACGAAGCGCUCGGUUCUCCCGCGUCCGUGCUCGAAGCUCGUCCGAUUCGUAAAAGUCCCAAAAUUUUGAGAAAUUUGUUGGGGUUGACGAACCCCAAUGGACCUUAGGUGACCUUAGGUGGCAAUCCAAACGCUGUUUCCCGAAAAAGGCCCAUAGCCUUUAUAAAACGAGGCCAUGAGUUCUGCCAAAUACGGCCGGCCGCGUUGCGUGCCGGAACAUUGUCGUCAGCCUCGUUUGUGACAGUUGCGUCUGGAACGGCGACGAAUCGCCGCCGUUUCAAGCUUCUUUUCGAUCCCCUAGCUUCGACUUGCCCGUCAUCUGACAAAGCAGGCGCGAUGCACCGUGCCCUCGUGUCUGUUGACACUGGCUCGUACAAGCCCAAAACUUCGAUGUGAAAUGUAGUGUAGCACCCGGGUAGGCGUGGCACUCAGCGAUUUUAAGCAGAUAAAUUUUUCGUGCGUAGUUCCGUGCAUCUGUCUUUUAUUUUUUUUUUGACAUUUUUGUUGAGGUUUUGAUGUGCUGAAACUUGAGGUUAUGUUGCAGCCUGUCCGCUGACAAUUGUCGGGUGUGUAUCCUGGGCAGUUAUUGGAAUCGAGUGAUACCACGCUUGUUAUUCGUAGCCCCUGCUGCACACGGUAACAGGUAACAAUAACUCAAUGUCGGUAGUUUUUCGCAUUUUUAUCAGGCAAGUUAUCGACAAGCACCAAAACUUACCGAUUAGUUAGGUGCUUUGGAGAGACGCGUUCCACCUUGCUAAGAGCAUUGACGACAACCCUCUGAUACUAGGAAAAAAAAAAAUUAGGAAAACUGGCAAUUGCUCUUUUGUGCUAGCUGCUGUGCGCCUUGUACCCUUGUACUCUGCAAACGGUGUAGAUGACGCUGCACUAUUCGAUUCAGACCACUAGCACCCAGGCGUCUCUGAAGGAUUGAUUUUGCAUACUUUACGGGUAGCUUUGCAUAAAGCGAGCCAUAAAACGUGAAGGAGCAAUUUGAUGCGUGUCUAGUUGCAGUGUCUUGCUUUGAACGUUUAAAUGUUGUCUUAACAUUUGAUUUGGUAAUAUUGGUUUUACUGGGCCUGUACAAAUAAGGCUCCCCAGCAUAAUAAAGCUGCGCGGGCCGUUUUUGACACUGGUUCCGACAGAAUAGGCAGCUUCUGCAUUCCAUAUGCAGUAGAGCCUCGUUGAUACGUUUCUCAGAGGAUUGCAGAAAAAAAACAAUCUGGGAAAAAGUCAAAAACGAAAAGGCCCUUGGGGGGCUAGAGACGAGACAAAAAGCAACUGUCAUAACACAAUUUGAUUUCACGCAAACUUUUGCAGGUGUGUGAACUCUAAUGGGCUUAAAAAACGCUUGUACCAUAAUCUCUGCCUGGCACUUCGAGCGGCUGCUUGACGGUAAGAGUUCCUUUUCCAGCUGCCGUAAUCUCUUUCUCACUGUCCGCGCAGCCGUGAACACUCGCAUACCUGCGCAGGGUAUCCAAUGCCCCGAGUGCGUCCGCGAAUGUAGGUGUUGCGUGACCGGCAACUGCGUCCUCGACGUCCUCAUCGCUUCCAGCAUUGCCGGCUGCGGUGAGCUUGUCGACGAUAUCCAACAUGUUCAUCGGUUCAGAGGUGGCGAAGUUCUCGUUGAUUGACAGGUACUCGGAGUAGGCAAGGGAGGCUCUCACUUCCUUCAUCGCGUCUUCAUUCAGCUUCAGAAUCUUCAUUGGUGUUGCCCACGGCUAGUGCUCGUCCUGGCCCUGCGCGUUCGAACCCGCACUUGCGGAAGCAAUGCUAAACAGUGGCGGUCAAGACAGUUUCCCACACUGUUGCGAGGAAGUGCAUCGCAUCCAGCUUGGUCGGAGUCUCGCCUCGUUCUACCGUAGCAAGUGAUCACCAAACAAUUCACAUCCAAUAGAAGUGUUGACGUUUUUUUUCUAUUCCUGCGUCGAGCCGCUGCACGUGGCUCGUCGUUUUAGGAGGAAGCUACUGCACCCCGACAUUCCUUAGGAACGAAAAGUUCUUUCAGUGUGCGGGGCAGUUGUCGACGAGCAGGAGGACCUUUUCGUUUUGCAACCCCAUUUGCGAGUCCAAGUACCAAAGGAAGCUAUAGAAAAGAGCGGAGGUCAUCCACACGCGAGCGUUCCGUCGGUAGCAACGAGGCGACCUGCGGAUGUUUUUUAAACAUCGCGGGCCGCGCAACUUUCCGACGACGCACGGCUUCAUUUUCUCUGAUCCGUCCUCGUUGUAGCACGGGAGUACGGUAAGACACGCCUUGCUACUUUUUUUCCAUGAUAAGUUUCACCCUCGAGGCUCAGUGACUUUGAAGACUCUACAUUAAAAAAAAAAGGCCAGCCUCGUCGGCGUACAAAACGUCCAGGGGGGAGUAGUCGGCGACAUUCGAAGGCAGCGAAGAAACCUUUCGACACAAACUCAUAUUUCAUCGCUUACUGCGCGGUACGAAAUUCGGUGACGCUUCUUGAGCAGUAGAUCCACCCAUUGGAACACGCAAAGUUCAUGAUAUCGAAAAGUUCUGCGAUAUCUUGCGCCUUCCCUUGCAGGACACUUCCAUCGAUGUUGACACGAGAUGUACGGGCUCGUUUAAACCGUAAUAGCAGAGCCUGUUCCAACUCGCCGUGCUUCACCGUCUGAGCUUGCUUGGAUCCCGGGUGGAACGCAGAAGCUUGCGUCUCAAUGUUUUUUUAAUUUCGCAAAGACGUUCAGAGUUGACGGUGCAAUUUCGAGGUCCCUUGCAAUGUUCGGAUGGUUGCGAUCAACCAUCCAGAAAAUGUCCACUUCUCCUGGAAACCCAAACGAACCACAACCAAAACCAUUGACCGAUGUGCAACUGUGGCGCGCAGCGUGAAAAUGCGUGAGCACUGCGAGAAAUGGAGAGAUAAAUGGCGGUUCUGGAAACGUUCAAGGCCCCAAGGCAAAGUUUACCACAGGGUGGAGGGUCCCAGGCAAGCAAGGGUGCGAAGCAAAAGGAGGAGAGUUACUUCAGCAAACUUGGCAAUCGCACAAGAAAAAAAAGAAAGAAAAAAAAAAAAAAAA